GUGGGCUCAUGACGCCCAUUCGCGUCAACGCUUGAGAUGGCCGACAAUGCUGAUGCGCGAAGCGACGCCACCGGGGGUGACUUGGGUACCCCCGGUGCCAGUCAGGCAGAGACCAUGACAGAUCAUGUCUUGGCAGAAAUUAAGGACAUUGAUCUACGUGCCUCCGCGUCGGUGGAGCUCGUUCGUGAGCUCGUUCGCGCCGCUGAGCACACCCUGCCGUUUUACAAUGAGGAUCGCAUUAAGGAAAUCGUCGGCGAGAUGCGCAAGCUAGAGCGCAGCGCGCGUGCGAUGGUAGAGUAUAAUCGGGCUCACAAGCUACAGGACCUGCGCUGGACUCUAGGGGCAGCAUUGCCGACGCAUAUCAGGCCACUUUGCAGCGAGAGCGAGCGCAACUUUGCAAAUCAGUAUAAUCGAGUGCUAGGUUCCUACACCAAUGCUUACGAAGACCUGGAUCUGACCACGACACUCAAACCCCCCAAAGAAGCCACCAUCACGGUCCGGGUGCUGGAUACGAUUGGCGAGGUGGAUUUCGGAGACGGCCAGACUGUGAAUCUGAUCAAGGGCACCCAGCAUCUCAUGCGCCGAGCAGACGCCGAGCUCUUGAUUCGACAAGGUCGCUUAGAACAUGUCGUAUGACUUGGCGCGCUAGGGACUUGGCGCAUAAACGCGCUUGCCAGCUUGCCUGGUCGAGCACUUGAAUGUUUUAAUCGUUGUUGAGGGAAUCUCGUGUCCUCGUGUUUAUGCUUUGCAAACCAACCCCUUUCGGCAUGCUGUAAUACUUGCCGUGGGUUUGGUUGUGCACUCUGAUGGAUGACCCUGCUGUUCCUUCAAAGUGGACUAUAAGACGGCCAAGCCGUUGAUAUGGGCAUCACAUUGCUGUUGUUGAGCCAUUUGAAUGUUGAGACUUGU